AUGACUGGCCCCUCGAAUACAAUUGAUAGAGUCGCCGUUAUCGGUGCCGGAAUAAGUGGUGUUGUGACUGCAGCGCAUUUGUUGAAUGCGGGCUUAGAAGUCACUGUCUUUGAAAGGAAUCAGGAAGUGGGUGGUGUAUGGCUAUACGAUGAUAGACGACCUGUCGAAUCGAGAUAUCCAGCAACUAAGCCUUCUGAAGGAGAACGAACGGGGCAUUAUGAAGAAAUUCAAGAAUCUGAUCGCCUGGUUCUGGAACAUGCGCCACCUGGACCAUGUUACGUUGGCUUACAAAAUAAUGUCUCGACGCCGCUUAUGCGAGUUACGUUGAACGCAUGGCCGGAUAAAACACCGGAUUUCGUUUCCCACAAAGUCAUGAACGAUUAUAUCAUUGACACUUCUCGAAAAUCUGGAGUACAUGAUGCAACAGUGUUUGGUGCCAAAGUAACCCAUCUUGAAAAGGUUAAUGAACAGUCAAAAUGGCAAGUCUCCUGGUCCGAACUUGAAGACGACGGAGCGGGAAAGGUGAAAGAACUGAAAAAAGAGGAGCUUUUUGAUGCAGUUGUGGUCGCAUCUGGACAUUAUCAUGCUCCACGCAUACCGGAUAUAGUUGGACUCACUGAUAUCAAACGGCUAUGGCCAUCGAGAGUCUUUCAUUCAAAGGGCUAUCGAAGACCUGAUAGCUAUACUGGCAAGAACGUGCUACUUAUCGGAGGAGGAGUAUCAUCUACCGACAUCGCUCGCGAACUGGGUCCAGUGGCCAGAACCAUCUACCAGAGCACGAGAAAUGGUCUAUAUGACUUGACGGAAAAAAUGUUACCUGACAAUGGCACCAGGGUUGCCGAAAUUGCGUCCUUUGAGAUAACAGGUGAUGCAGGCGCCGAAGAGCUUCUAACGGUAAAAAGUCGUCUCCCGAUAAGGGUGCAUCUCAAGUCAGAUGACAAAGAUGCAACGAUUGAGGAUAUCGACUAUAUUAUAAUUUGUACCGGCUAUCAUUUCACUUUACCAUUUCUAAACAGAUUCCAUGAAGACGAUACCGAUCCCACGGCAGCCAGUGAUACUGUCCUCGUCACGGAUGGAACCCAAGUCCACAAUUUGCACAAAGAUAUUUUCUAUAUACCCGAUCCAACACUGGCUUUCGUCGGAGUGCCUUUCUACACUGCCACUUACACUCUCUUUGAAUUUCAGGCGAUUGCUCUUACAGAAGUCUUUGCUGGAAUUGCCCGUUUGCCGUCCGGGUCUAACAUGAGAGAAGAAUACCGAGCCAAGGUAGAGCAGAAAGGGGUCGGCCGGAAUUUCCACUCUCUCAAGGGCGAAGAAGAAGGAUAUGUGCAGGAACUGCUUGACUGGAUCAAUUUCUUUCGAGAAAAGGUUGGAUUACCUCUCAUUCCGGGAUAUACAGAGACAUGGCAUGAAGCGAAGAAGGUGCAGAGGAAGCUUAUCGAACAGAUUUUUGAGGGUAAAUAA